GAGGUGGUAGAUAACAUGUAUGAGACAGAUCCUGAGCCACCAGCUGGGGAGAGCGGAGAAGAAGAGACAGAAGACAGCAUCAUGUCCCCGAUCCCUGUGGGCCCACCAUCUCCGCUCCCUCCCAGCAAUGAAUUCACUCCAAAGGAAGGGUCCCCAUAUGAAGCCCCUGUCUACAUUCCUGAAGACAUUCCAAUUCCACCUGACUUCGAGCUGAGAGAAUCUUCAGUCCCUGGAGCAGGAUUAGGAAUUUGGUCCAAGAAGAAGAGCGAAGUAGGAGAGAAAUUCGGUCCCUAUGCAGGGAUUCAGAGGGUGACACUGAAGGAUCCAAACUUCGGAUGGGAGGUCAUACUGACGGAUGUGGAUGUUACUCCAGACCUAUGUCUCACUAAGAUUGUUGACGAGCUGGGGAAUGUAAAAUUCUGCAUUGAUGCAAGCCAGGCUGGAAGUGGGAACUGGCUUAAGUACAUCCGUUCGGCACACUCCUACAACCAGCAAAAUUUAGUAGCAUGUCAGAUUAAUGAUCAGAUUUACUAUAAAGUAAUUAAAGAGGUUAAAUCGGGUGACGAGCUGCUCGUUUUUAUGAAGGACGGUGUCUAUCCUGAUGGGACAAUGCCACCAAACCUUGAUGAGGAGCAGAGGUACCGAUGUGGAGACUGCGACGAGCUAUUCCGCUCAAAAGUGGCGCUGCGGCGGCACCAAGCAUAUGCCUGCAACAAUGUUAACGCCAUCUUCACUACCAUCAACGAGGAAUUCAAGCAGAGCCAGCUAAGUGACGAGCAGCUCCACGAGUGCAAGGACUGCGAUAGGAUAUUUCCCAAUGAGUACAGCUUGGAGCAACACAUGAUAAUUCACAGUGAGGAACGUGAAUAUAAGUGUGAUCAAUGUCCGAAGGCCUUCAACUGGAAAUCCAAUCUGAUUCGCCAUCAAAUGUCACAUGAUAGCGGCAAACGCUUUGAAUGUGAAAAUUGUGAUAAGGUUUUCACCGAUCCAAGCAAUCUGCAGCGACACAUCAGGUCUCAGCAUGUGGGAGCCCGGGCACACGCUUGCCCCGACUGUGGAAAAACCUUUGCCACCUCGUCUGGACUAAAACAACACAAGCACAUACACAGCAGCAUUAAGCCUUUCACCUGUGAGGUCUGUCACAAAUCGUACACCCAGUUCUCCAACCUUUGUCGACAUAAACGGAUGCAUGCUGAUUGCCGGACACAAAUAAAGUGCAAAGACUGUGGCCAGAUGUUCAGCACAACUUCCUCAUUGAACAAGCACCGCAGAUUCUGCGAAGGCAAGAAUCAUUACAAUCCCAGUUCUAUGUUCCCUCAAGGCCUGCCACUCACUCCCAGUGCCAUGCUGGACAAAUCAAAACCUGCAUCCACCCUUAACCAUACUUCCCUGGGGUUCAAUGAUUACUUUCCUUCACGCCCGCACCCAACGGGAUUGCCCUUCUCACCGACAGCCACAUUUCCAUCUCUUGCUCCAGGUUUCCCCGGUAUUUUCCCCCAUUCCUUGUAUCCCAGGCCCCCUCUAUUACCAAGCAAUGCAUUGUUGAAAGGCUGCUUAAAUCAUGAUAUUGAUGGAACUGUCCAAGGCCCAAUGGGGACUCCUUCUGUGUCACAAGCAUCUUCCCUGCUGUCGACCUUCAAUGACAGGGUUGGUUCUUUAGAAGAAAAAUCUAACAAUCGAUCUGAAAAUUGCUACACCGAGAAAAGCAAAGUAAAAAACAGUGACUUAUCAGAAGGUAGCGACUUUGAAGACAUUAACACAACAAGUGGGACUGAUCUAGACACAACCACAGGCACUGGGUCUGAUUUAGACAGUGAUGUGGAAAGUGAUCGCGAUAAAAAGAAGGAAAAGACCAAUCUAACGGCCAAAGCAACCAACAAAGUCACUUCAGUCUCCACAAAUUCUACCAAUGAAAUUAAUGAGCGAACAUAUCUUCCUUCCCAACAUUCAUUCUUUCCUCCUCCAGAUGAGCAGAACCUUCCGACAAAUGCUGCUAAUGAUUCCAUUAAAGCGAUUGCUUCAAUCGCGGAGAAGUACUUUGGCACUGGGUUCAUGGGAAUGCAAGAGAAGAAACUGGGGUCACUUCCAUACCAUGCAAUGUUUCCAUUCCAGCUUCUCCCAAACAUCCCACAUUCCAUAUACCCUUUCACGGACCGGAACCUCAAUCCCAAUAUGUUAGUGAAAAAUGAGCCAAAGUCACCCAGGGAGCAUCCAAAAAGUGGGAGCGCAGGCUCUGAGUCACCCUUCGACCUCACCACGAAAAGGAAAGAAGCAAAGCCCCUCCAAACAUCCAAGCUCAUGGCAUCUACGCUUUCUGGAGAGGAGCAGCCACUGGACCUGAGCAUAAGCAGCCGCAGCAGGGUCAGUCAGAAUGGCCCAGGAGAGCCCAGGAAGAACCACGUGUUUGGUGACCGCAAGGUGAUGAUUGAUGAUGAGCUGCCGAAGAUGUCGCACCAGCAACCCUUUCAUUAUGCAAAGCCGUCACCUUUUUUCAUGGAUCCCAUCUACAGCAGGGUGGAGAAAAGGAAAAUGAUGGAUCCCCUGAACUCACUGAAGGAAAAGUACCUGCGCCCAAACCCACUUCUAUUCCACCCUCAGAUGGCUGCUAUGGAGACCAUGACAGAAAAGCUAGAGAGUUUUGGCACACUGAAACUGGACACUAUGGGCACACUGCAACCUCCUCCUCAUCACUCCUUCAACUUCCGAUCACCACCAUCCACGCUGUCUGAUGCCAUCCUCCGAAAAGGAAAGGAGCGUUACACGUGCAGGUACUGUGGGAAGAUCUUUCCGAGAUCAGCGAAUCUUACUCGGCAUCUCAGAACACACACAGGGGAGCAGCCGUAUAGGUGUAAAUACUGUGACAGGUCAUUCAGCAUCUCCUCAAACCUACAAAGGCAUGUGCGCAACAUCCACAACAAAGAGAAGCCAUUCAAAUGUCACUUAUGCAACCGCUGCUUUGGGCAGCAAACCAACCUCGACCGCCACCUCAAGAAACAUGAGAAUGAGAGUAUUCCAGUGAGCCAGCAUUCUGGGGUUUCAUCCAAUCACCUGGGCACCAGUGCAUCUUCCCCAAACUCUGAGCUAGACAAUACUGCACUUUUGGAGGAAAAGGAGGAGUCGUACUUUUCUGAAAUACGGAAUUUCAUUGGAAACAAUGACCUCAGCCAGGCAUCCAGUUCAGCUGACAAAAGGCAUGAGGCGCAAAGUGGCCAUCAGGAGCCAGAUCACCCACUGACCAAUCAGAAAGCAGAAGAGGCAGAUGAUGAGGAUGAAGAGGAGGAACUAGAGGAAGAAGACGAAGAGGAGGACGAGAGCAUGACGGAAAAAUCCCAGGACGACCCAAUUUCACCGAAGAUUGAUGCCAGGGCCCAAUUCAGAGAAAAUGAAGAGGAGCGGCCUGCCCCGCUCACCCUGGGCUAUGAGCAGGCCCACAGGUGUAUUGCUGAGGAUGAAGCUGGGCUGCUGGCCUUGGACCAGAUAGCGAAUUUCACAAAAGGGCUGGACCUGCGUAAGGCAGCAGAGGAGCAGUACGAGGUGAAAGAGGCCGCAGUCUUUAAUUCCUCCUUAGACUCCGAAGCAAUAAAAGAGACACUGUACAGGCAGGCUAAAACUCAGAACUCUCUGGAUGCUUGGCUGAACAUAGCAGGAGCUACACCGGAGUCGGGGACCUUUCAUCCAAUCAACCACGUAUGA